AUGGCCUCCAGGCGGCCGCUGACCGCCCGGCUCCUGGCCGCGCUGGUCUCUCUACUCUGCCUUCCCAAGCUUAUCCCCGUGUUGCUCCCUAAGGUCCGCUGCGCCGGGGUCUUCGAACUGCAGAUCCACUCUUUCCGGCCCGGUCCAGGCUCCCCGAGCUCUCCAGACUCCCCGUGUGGAGCUCGAGGCUCCUGCCGUCUCAUCUUUCGUGUCUGCCUGAAGCCGGCGCUGCCCGACCGGAGCCCGGACCUGCCGUGUGCCCUGGGGGUUGCGCUCAGUACCCCGGGAACCCCCGACCCCGGGGACCCCACCGAUCCCGACCCACAGCUCUCCCUGGCUGACGGCCUCAUCCGUGUCCCUUUCCGUACGGCCUGGCCGGGGACUUUCUCUCUCAUCAUCGAGUCUUGGAGGGAGGACCUUGAAUCCAGGAGUAAGGAAGUGCCGGGGGAGAAGCUUCCAGGACCGGAUCGAAGUCUGUUGAGCCGGUUGGCUGGGCGGCACAGGUUGGCAGUCGGAGGCCCCUGGGCCCGAGACGCCAAGCAGGCUGGGGGCUGGGAGCUCCUCUUCUCCUACCGUGUACGCUGCGAACCUCACUACUAUGGUCCUGCCUGUGCUCGCCUCUGCCGCCCUCGGGACGACCCCCUUGGCCACUUCUAUUGUGGGGCCAAUGGGGAGCGCGUGUGUAUGGACGGCUGGGCUGGAGACCUGUGUGCCCGGCCCAUAUGUCAGGUAGGCUGCAAUGCUGAACACGGCUCCUGUGAGAGGCCGGGUGAGUGCCAUUGCCAUCAAGGCUGGACUGGCCCUCUCUGCACCAUCCGAGUCCCUGGCAGUGACUGCUCCAGCCUCCAGCCAUGCACCAAUGGAGCCACCUGUUCCAACCUCCCAGGAUUCUCCAGCCGCCGAUGCCUCUUCCCAGCCGGACUGUGUGAUGGGCAUCCGUGUACCAACGGUGGCAGCUGCAGUGAGGUGGCCGGGGACUUUGAGUGCACAUGUCCACGGGGCUUCUAUGGAAAGCGGUGUGAGGUCAUUGGAAUGACGUGUGCUGAUGGGCCCUGCUUCAAUGGGGGUACUUGUGCGGAUGGCGGAGUCCCUGCUGGCUACACCUGCCGCUGUCCACCAGGCUUCCACGGGUCCAACUGUGAGAAAAAGGUGGAUCGCUGUAGCCUACAGCCUUGUCGCAAUGGUGGUCUCUGCCUGGACUUGGGCCGCGCUGUACUGUGCCGCUGCAGGCCCGGCUUCGCGGGACCGCGCUGCGAGCGCGACCUGGACGACUGCGCGGGACGGCCCUGCGCCAACGGGGGCACAUGCGUGGACGGCGCGCACAGCUUUCGCUGCUCCUGCACUCUGGGCUUCGGGGGACGCGACUGUCGUGAGCGAGCAGAUCCCUGCGAUCCCCAGCCUUGCGCGCACGGUGGCCGCUGCUAUGCGCACUUCUCCGGCCAUGUGUGCUCCUGUGCCCCGGGCUACAUGGGCGUGCGCUGUGAGUUCCCCGUGAGUCCCGGACCCACUGACGGGGAAGGGUCGGAACUCCAGCCUGCUCCCGCCCCGCCCCCUCCCGGGCCCCAUCGCGGGCCCCCAGAAGCCGCCCGAAGCCUGCACUUACUGCCACCAGCCUUGGGGCUUCCCUUCGCUCUGGUUCUACUGCUGGCAGUCGUGGCUGGAGGUGCGGCCCUCCUGCUUGGAGCUCGGGCCCGAUGGCAGAAUCCAGGGGCGCGGCCCCUUCCUUCCUCCCCAGACCCUGCCCCUCCAACCCCGCCUCCAACCGACGCACUCAACAACCUCCGGGCUCACGAGAGCGGCUCCCUGGCCUCCGCUUUUCAGGGCCUCGGGAACUUAAAAGCGUCCAAGCACGAGCGGACGCAGCGACUGCUGGAGCACCCGUCGGGGAUGAGGGCUGAAGACUGGUGUCUUCCCGAGGACAGCGACCCCCGAACCAUAUAUGUCAUCCCGGACUGCUCCGUCUUUGCCAGAGAGGGACUGGUUGGGAAGACCUUUUUCAGGGCACAACCCUCCACCUCACCAAUGCAACAAUUCCCUCUUGUGACCAAAUUCUAUUUCGGAACGGUGGCUGCGGGGCGCUCGGGCGUGUUAGACUGGCGCCGCCGCCCCCUGGGGGCCAUGGAAGCGGACCACUGCACCUCCGGAGACCCAGCCCCCCCACCUGUUUUGCCGGAGCAGCUCAGCGACAGCCCGGAUCAGGCCUCUCGACGGUAUCCGCACUCGGGGCUCAGUCCAGAACAGAGUGACUCUGCUCUCGGCUCAUUCAACCGACUGAAAAGGCAGCUGAAUGACAUUUUCCCAGAACGGCUAAUAUUUGUUGAAAAGCGGGUACCCCAACCCUCUGAGGAUUUUGAGGUCUUUGUAGGGGGCAAGCUGGUACAUUCUAAAAAGGGAGGAGAUGGAUAUGUGGAUGGCUACCUGAAUGAGUCAAAAUUGGUCAAAGUUGUGGCUCAGAUCCGGGACGUGCUGAAAGACUUGUAA